GUUUUACCCAAUUUUUUUUCUUCUGUCUUACUGAAUCUUCAGAGUGUUUCCUUCUGACAGUGAUGGCGUAUGAUAGAUAUCUGGCAAUCUCUAACCCAUUACGUUACAACUCUAUAAUGAACUAUGCAGUAUGCAUUCAGUUAGUCACAAUAUCUUGGCUGUUAGGUUUUUUAUUUUCAAUAAAUGCUACAAUUGCAAUAUUCAGACUAGAUUUUUGUGGUCCUAAUGUCAUUGACCAUUUUUUUUGUGAUCUUACUCCGUUGUUAAAACUUGCUUGCUCAGACAUCUCUCAUGUUCGCAUACAAAAUCUUAUAACUGGAGUUCCCAUCUUAGUUUUACCAUUAAUAUUAAUCACAGUGUCAUAUGUAUACAUUGUCCAGGCUGUACUUAAGAUUUCAUCCAGAAGUGGAAGGAGGAAAGCCUUUUCCACAUGCAGCUCCCAUCUGACUGUGGUUUCUAUAUUCUACGGGACAUUAAAUGCAAGUUACAUGGUUCCAGCCAAUGGAGAUUCAUUGAAUGUCAAUAAACUGGUUUCCUUGUUAUACACUGUGGUGACACCAAUGAUUAAUCCAAUCAUAUACAGUCUAAGGAAUAAUGAUAUCAAAGAAGCCAUUAAAAUGUGUUAA